AUGGUAGAUUCUAAUCUGUCAAAAACCGAUUUGGAAGACAUUUGUCGAAACCUUGGUCUUCCAACUAAAGGAAAUAAAGCGGACCUAGUACAAAGAUUGAAAAUCCAUUCAGCAAGAUCGACAUCAAAGCCUGUAUCUGUAGAUUUGUCAAACGAUCUGGUCGAUGAGGGGUAUAUGGACAAUGAUGAAAGCAUGAAUAUAGAUGAAACGGAUAGAUAUGUAACCGACCCAGGAUUUGAGAAUGGAAGUACCUCGAUUCGGACCUUAAGAGAAAGGGCCUUGAAAUCCAGAAUUAAUGAUAUAACAGAACCAUUGAUUAUGGAACCGGAUCAAAUGCAAAGAACAAGUAACCAAAAGGCUACACAAUCAAAAGGGAAAAAUAAACGGCAAUUACCUGAAGACACCGAUGAGGAUCAUGUGGAUUCCUUCGAAUAUCUAUUGGUAUCGGAACUGAAGAGUAUGAGGAACAUUAUGACAGGAUUUGAUAAUAAACUAAACGAAAUAGCUGCUCAA